CAUAUCUUGUUCUGUGACUUGGUCACGUAAUUUAGAAAUCGAGUUUAUUUUGUCGGUAGUAUAAUUACAAUUAUGAAUUUGUAGUAUUUUGAUUUCUUGACAAGAAGUGUAUGGUUUCAGUAUCCUAUAUGUAUGGGUUGUUCUAAUAGAGAAAACGCUCUUCAAGAAAUUUAUAGUGUUAGAUUUGCACGUGAAUUGAUUCUGAACUAAUACAAAUAUCGAAACUAUUCACCUGUUUUGGAAUUGUUUGAAAUUUUCUUCAGAACUGUUUUACAUGUUGGAAUAUAUGGGACUUAUAUACAUCAAGACUAAGUGAAAUAAAGAGUGCUUAGUGCAAAUUGUGGGUUACCUGUAAACAACAUUUUACUGCUAUAGAAGCGAACAUUGUUUGUGUAUGAGAAAACAUUCAUUGCAAAAGUUAUGCCCGAAGAAGACAUUAAGUGAACUGGAAAAAUGUCGCAGAAGUUCUUUUAAGACGUGAAGCAAGUAUUGGUAUUAUAUAGUUUUUAAAGAGAGAUUUGUAAAAACCUUUGUUGAUUAUUGAGUGGAAUUGAAUUUAAGCUUGUCCCACUCUAGUUUUGGUAUACCCCAGAUUCUUAUUCAACAUGAAUAAUAUCUAAAAAUAUUGUGGAAAAGACAUUUCUGAUGUAUUUUACUUAUCUACAUAAAUGAAUUGCUUUUUAGCAAUUGUGGUGUUUUGACAAAAUGGCGACUUCAAAGGAAAAAAUUACUAGUAUGAAGUUAUUGUCUAGCAGCUCUAAGACAGAUUUGGGUUACAAAGUUGAAUCUGACCAACUCUUUAAAGAUGAAGGUUUUGAAUUUAGUGUACCCCAAGAGGUUCCAGUGUUUCAUCCUACUGAAGAAGAAUUUGCAGAUCCCUUAGCUUACAUUGGUAAAAUUCGUCCAAUUGCUGAAAGUACAGGUAUAUGCAAAAUUAAGCCUCCUCCUAAUUGGCAGCCUCCAUUUGCUGUUGAUGUAGAUAAAUUAAGGUUUACUCCUAGAAUCCAACGUUUGAAUGAAUUAGAAGCCAAAACUAGAAUAAAAUUGAAUUUUCUGGAUCAAAUAGCUAAAUUUUGGGAACUACAAGGUUCUUCUCUGAAAAUUCCCAUGGUUGAGAAAAGAGCUUUGGAUUUAUAUACAUUGCAUAGAGUUGUGCAAAUGGAAGGUGGAUUUGAGUCUGCAUCAAAAGAACGUAAAUGGUCAAAAAUUUCAAUUCGACUAGGCUACCCUCCAGGUAAAAGUAUUGGUACCAUUCUAAAACAACAUUAUGAAAGAUUACUUUAUCCGUUCGAUGUGUUCAAGCAAGGUAAAACCAUGGAAAUCAAAGUUGAUCCUGAUAUUCCAGAACGUAAUGAAAAGACAGAUAAGGAUUAUAAACCUCAUGGAAUUGUAGGGAGAAUGGCGAUAAAACCUCCUUGUGAGAAAGCUAGACGAUCUAAAAGGUUUGAAAAUCAAAAUGCAGAUGAGGAUAAGGCAAAAACUGAAUAUGAUGAUGACGAUACAGAUAGUAAUGAAUUAAAAAGAUUACAAAUUCAUGGAGCAGGACCUAAGAUGGCUGGAUAUAAUGAUAAGAAAAAGAGAUCUAAAAAUUUCAGCACAGAAUUUGAUCCUUUAGCUAAAUAUGUAUGUCAUAAUUGUGGUAGAGGGGAUUCAGAAGAAUUUAUGUUAUUAUGUGAUGGAUGUGAUGAUAGUUAUCAUACAUUUUGUCUGAUGCCUCCAUUGUCAGAUGUCCCUAAAGGAGACUGGCGCUGUCCUAAAUGUGUAGCAGAAGAAGUUUCUAAACCUAUGGAAGCUUUUGGAUUUGAACAAGCACAAAGAGAAUAUACAUUACAGCAGUUUGGUGAAAUGGCGGAUCAAUUUAAAUCAGAAUAUUUCAACAUGCCAGUUCAUAUGGUACCACUUCCAAUGGUUGAAAAAGAAUUUUGGAGAAUUGUUUCUUCUAUAGAUGAAGACGUAACAGUAGAGUAUGGAGCAGAUUUACAUACUAUGGACCAUGGCUCAGGUUUCCCAACUAAGACAUCUAUAAACUUAUAUCCUGGCGAUAAAGAAUAUGCUGAUUCAGGUUGGAAUUUAAAUAAUCUGCCUGUACUCGAAGGAUCUGUUUUGGGAUACAUAAAUGCAGACAUUUCUGGCAUGAAAGUUCCAUGGAUGUAUGUAGGAAUGUGCUUUGCAACAUUUUGCUGGCAUAAUGAAGAUCACUGGAGCUAUUCCAUCAAUUAUUUGCACUGGGGAGAAGCCAAAACAUGGUAUGGUGUUCCUGGUAGCAAGGCAGAAUUGUUUGAGGAAACUAUGAAAUCAGCAGCACCUGAAUUAUUUCAUUCUCAACCCGAUCUUUUGCAUCAAUUGGUUACUAUAAUGAACCCCAAUGUGUUAAUGAAUGCUGGAGUUCCUGUAUAUCGUACUGAUCAGUGUGCCGGAGAAUUUGUUGUUACUUUUCCAAGAGCCUACCACGCAGGUUUCAAUCAAGGAUAUAAUUUCGCAGAAGCAGUUAAUUUUGCUCCUGCAGACUGGCUGAGAAUGGGCAGAGAAUGUGUUCUUCACUAUUCACACUUGAGAAGAUUCUGUGUGUUCUCACAUGACGAGCUUGUCUGUAAGAUGGCCCUUGUACCAGAUAAACUAGAUAUAACAAUAGCUGCAGCCACUUACCAAGAUAUGUUGCAUAUGGUUGAUACUGAAAAGAAACUUCGUAAAAAUUUAUUGGAAUGGGGUGUUACAAGUGCGGAGAGGGAAGCUUUUGAAUUACUACCAGAUGAUGAAAGACAAUGUGAAAUAUGCAAAACAACAUGUUUCUUAUCAGCAUUAACAUGUACUUGUACUAAUGUCUUAGUUUGUUUGAGACAUUUUGAAGAUUUAUGCAAAUGUAAUCCAGGAGCACAUACCCUGAGGUAUCGUUAUACUUUAGAUGAAUUGCCCGUAAUGUUGAAAGGACUCAAGUUGAAAGCUGAAUCAUUUGAUCAUUGGGUAAAUCGAGUAAAAGAUGCUCUGGAUCCUAACACUCCAAAAACCUUAUCCCUUACAGAUUUGAAAGCUUUGUUGAAUGAAGCUAAUGGCAAGAAAUUCCCUAAAUCUGAUUUACUUCAAACACUCACUAAUGCAGUAGUAGAUGCAGAAAAGUGUGCUAGUGUUAUCCAUCAACUUGAUUUGAAUAAAAUAAGAACCAGGACUAGAAAUUCAACAGAUAAUAAAUACAAAUUGACAAUUGAAGAACUUACAUUGUUUUGUGAGGAACUAGACAGCUUAGCUUGUCAUUUAGAUGAGAGCAAAAAUAUUAAAAUGUUACUACAACAGACCAAAGCUUUCGAAAAAGAAAGUAAAAAAUUACUGAAUUCAAAACUAUCAGAUUGUGUCCUCACCGAAUUGGAAAAUUGUUAUAGUUUAGGAAACUCGUUAUGUAUUGAACUACCAGCUUUAAAACAAAUUGCUAUUAGAAUAAAACAGACUGCAUGGUUGAAAGAUGUACUGUCAUACAAAAAAAGAUCUGAAGUGUUGGCAAUAGAUUCAAUUAACAGCUUAAUUAAAGGAGGAAUGGACUUGCCACCUCAUCCAGAAAUGGAGGAAGAAUUAGGAAUUCUUCAGGGCCUUCUCAUUGCCAGUCAGGAGUGGGAAACAAAAGCUCAAGCUGUACUAAAAGAUAAAGGUAAUGAUGUUCUUAUAGAAGUGGAUAAACUAUUAGCAGAAGCAGCAGCUAUCAAUGCUUACCUCCCAACAGAAGAAUAUCUGUUUGAUGCAAUUAAUAAAGCACGUGAUUGGCUUCGAUUACAAGAAGAUAUGAAUUCAGCAGAAUAUUAUCCCUAUUAUGAUGAUAUGGAAGAGUUGGUUAAGAAAGGACGUGCAUUGCCUUUGUAUUUAGUUGAAGUGAACCGUUUAUCUUGCUUUCUAGAAUCAGCAUCUAUAUGGAAAGAAAAGACUAGCAGAGUAUUUCUUCGGAAAAAUUCCUCAGUAACCCUCAUAGAAGCACUUAGUCCAAGAAAUUACAUAACUCCACCAAAGCAAAAAAAGAAAGAUAAAGAUGAUCAAGUUCCAAUUUUUGAAAAUGGAGACCCUGUUUCCAUUGUAUCUGCUUUCAAGCAAGCCGAAGAAAAGGAAAUGGAAUUGAUGAGAAAUUUGAGGAAAGAGAAUUCCUUAAAAAGUUUAGAUCCUAACGAUUGUGCAUCCUUUUGCACAUGUCAAAGAGGAGCUUUUGGACUUAUGAUGCAAUGUGAACUUUGUAAAGAUUGGUUUCAUUCUGUUUGUGUUCAACUCCCAAAAAUUGCUACCACAAAUUUCAAGGGUAAUUUUACCAUAGCCGCUAUGCAUUUUGGUUUUAAAGACUGCAAAUUUUUAUGUCCAAAUUGCUGUAGAACUAAACGUCCACGACUGGAUGUUAUUCUUGGCUUGUUGAUGUCUCUUCAAAAAUUGUAUUGCCGAUUACCGGAAGGGGAAGCAUUGCAGUGUUUGACUGAGAGAGCAAUGAAUUGGCAAGAUCGAGCCAGAAACAUAUUACAAAAUUCUGAGUUGGAAGAAGCUAAAAAAAUUUUAAGUGAUUUCCACAAAAGAUAUAUGGAAGCUGCUGCGAAUCAAAGGACUGAAGAAACAAUAUCCAAUGAACUGAAAAAACCUGUUGAAAAACCAGAUUUACAACAGAAAGUGAGAGAAAUUACAAAUCAGAGUAGUAUUAGCAAGUUGCAGGAAUCCUCAGGUGAAUCAGAUGAUUCUAAGGAGUGUACGUCAAGUUCACUUCAAGAAGAUCAUAUAGAUGAACAUGCAUAUUCGUUACAUCUACCCAAAAUCAAUGAAGAGGAGUUUAGAGUUCAAAUAAGUGCUGAUUUGAAUGAACAAAUUUCAGAAUUAUUGAUGGAAGGAGAUCUACUCGAAGUGCACCUUGAUGAGACUCUUCAGUUGUGGAAACUUGUUCAAUCUACCAGAAACCCAGAAAAAGAACCUAUAUUGAUAGAUUUUGACCAACAAUCGCAGUCUUUCCCAGCUAAAAGAGGUAGAAAGAGAAGAUCAGAGGAAUGUGAAGCUGCCCGUAAAUUAAAGAGCAUAAAGACCAAUCCAGCCAAAAAACCUGGUGAUAAGAAAAUCCGUGAAAAGAGGGAAAAACCCGGACGAAAAAAGUGCAGUGAAAAAUCAAAGCAAAAAAAAUCUGCCGAUUCUGAUGAAGAGGAUGAAGAUGACCAGUAUGCUACAUGCGCUGCUUCUAAUUGCCAGGUACCCACUGGCAACGUGGAUUGGGUACAGUGUGAUGGUGGAUGUGAACUUUGGUUCCAUAUGGCUUGUGUAGGACUAUCAGCCGGAGAUAUAAAUGAAGAUGAAGACUAUAUCUGUAUGUUAUGUUCUCAAGUAUUUGAAAACUUGAAUACUAAUGAAAGUAGUAGGUCGAAUAGUCCCCCAUCACCUGAUUCAACACAACCUUCAACUUCCAAAGAUACUAAUUGAUUUGUAAUUUAUUAUUUUCAAAAAAUUAGAUGUUCUACUGAUAUGUAAUGCAGGGGGUAAUUAACAUCAAGAUUUGUGCAUCACCUGCUUGAAAAUAAUGAACCAAAAAUUAGCAUAACUUUAGGUAUGCAAAAAGUAGCACUACAUAUUCCAGUGAUGUUUAUCAUUCCACCCUGUAUUUAAUUCUAGUUUAUAUUUGAAGUCGUGAUAUUUGUAUAAAUUUUUGUAUCAUUUCUUUUCACAUACAUUUAUUCCUAAUAAAUUCACAUGUAUUUAAAUUUUACCCUUUAUAUUAUAUUUUUCAUGUCAUUAUCCAUUUUUCUGAUAGGUUGUACAUUUGUUAUAUAUAUGAACAUAGUUUUAAAUAGAUAUUUGACUAUUCCAUAACCAAUAAUUUGAAAUUUUAUUUUUUCAUCAGAAGAAUCUUGUAUAAUAUAUCUGAAAUGUUUGUUUAGUUUUCAUUAAGAUCUGCAUUAGUGGACUAUAUUACUCUUUAUUAGAACAUAUCCAAAUUAAAUUGUGUUCAAUUGAGAGAAUGUAUUAAUUUGUCUUCAGUAAACAUUACAUUAGAUAUCAGUUAAGUUCUUUUGUGUGAGUUUAAGAAAGCUGUAUAUAUUAGAAUUGCUAUUUAUAUUUGUAAGAUUAAAUUGGUUCAAAGUUG